AUGGGAACUCAUGUUUCAUCUUGCGCACAGGUUGUGAAGGAAGCACUUUUGUACGCUAGGGGUUUUUCUUCCAAUUCAAAACAUCCUUCCACUGUUAUUAUUAAAGGAAUUGAAUACAAUGUUGGUCGUAUAUUGGGCGAGGGAGCAAAUUCUUUUGUUUAUGAGGGACAAGAUGUACGUUCAGGAAAUUUGGUUGCCCUUAAGAGAUUUCUGUUAAAUGACCAAGAUCAACAGCCAAAUCAGAUUAUGGAGGAAGCUUCUUUGCAUCGUUCUUUAUGUCCUCACCCUUCUAUUGUUACUUUUUAUGAUUCUGAUGUUGUUGAACUUCCUGGACAUCCACUUCCAGAAGUUUGGAUUGUAAUGGAACUUUGUGAUGAUCCUUCGCUUGCAAAUUAUAUAAAUAUGCGAAUGAGUGUAAAACAGCCUUUUGCUGUUCGAGAGGUUUACGAAAUAUGCGAUUGUAUUGUUCGUAUAGUCGCUUAUCUACAUAGUCAAUCACCUCCAGUCUCUCAUUGGGAUAUAAAAGCAGAAAAUUUCUUAUUUGCCGAUUCACAAAACCUGAAAUUGUGUGAUUUUGGAAGUGCAACUCGAUUAUAUUAUGCACCAAAAGACGCUUAUCAAAUUUCGAUAGCAGAAGCAGAGCUUGAGGAGAAAAUGACCCUACUUUAUCGUUCACCAGAGUCUCUUGAUUUAUGGUCAAAGCAACGGGUGGAUACAAAAUGUGACAUUUGGAGUCUGGGGGUCUUGGUAUAUUUGUUGGUGUUUUUCGAGAUGCCAUUUCAACCAAAUACCUUGGAAAUAAUAGAUGGUAAACCCAUUAGAUUCCGCGGAGAAGAAAACACUGUCCCUCUGGAGUUUCGUCCUCUUAUGGAGGUUGUGAUGAAUACAAUGUUGGUCAAGGAUCCUUCUAAACGGGGUGAUAUUUUUGAAGUUUCUAACCGUUUGAGUGCUAUUACUCUUUUACCUCCAGUUCCUCGUCCUCGACCAGGCUUUCAAAGUUCGCAAAGACCACGUUUUGAGUAG